AUGGGUGAUAGUGACAAGGAGCUCUUAAAAGAAGGGUUUUCUCAAUCUCUUGUGAAACUGACUAAGGAUAAGAAGAUUAUAAGUCGGGUAGCAUGUGUUAGUGCACCCAGUCAAAUGCCUGCAGUUUGGGAUGUUCCUACCUUUGUCCGCAAAGAAAAGAUAGAUUGUUUAUCCGUGUUGCCUGGUUUUUCUCUAUACCCGGCUUGUGAAGAUCAUUAUCAGGAAAAGGAGUGGGGACUCUUCUUGGAUUACCUGCGGAAGAAUGAUAGGGUUGGUAUAUCAAAGCUGGGAUCGUGUGAAAUCUUCAUACUUACCACUGGUGAUGAUUCAAAGUCUCGCAUUGCAACUGUUUUAUACAAAGGGCAAAUCCCAAUCACGAGCCUGAGUAAAAAAUGUCAUGCCUUGGAUGUUGCUGAUUCCGAUACGUCUCCACCUGGAUUGCUGGCUGGCGAGGGUGUUUUGUCGGACUCUGACCUGAUUGAGGAUAAAAUUUCCCCUCAUCAACGACAUCUAGAAGUUAAUGGAGGAUAUCAUCGCGACUUGAAAUCUAAGGGUGGGGAUAGAGUAGGAAAUUCUGCUGGAUCCAGUAGAUCAUUGGAAAAUUAUGUGGUAGCACAUCCCAGUUAUUUGAGGACCCUUGGUCAGGCACAUUCUGGCUGGAUAUUUGGUGCAAUUGCUGAGCUGGUUGACAAUUCAAGAGAUGCCAAAGCAACUAAAUUGGAAGUGGCUAUUGGUACGGUGUACGCUAAGAAUGUUGGUAAAGAUAUACCCAUGUUGUCAAUAAUAGAUGAUGGCCAUGGAAUGAGCCAUGCCGAUGUCCGAAGAAUGAUUUCAUUUGGUCAUGCACAACCUGAAGCAGAUGAUCCCCAGCACAUAGGAAGAUAUGGUGUUGGGUUUAAGACUGGGGCUAUGCGACUAGGAAAGGACGCUUUGGUUUUAACACAGACAGCUAACUCCAGAUCAAUAGCCUUUUUAUCACAGUCAUUGAAUCUGGGCAAAGAUAAUUUGGAGAUCCCCAUUGUGAGCUACCGCAGGAUUGGGCAGUUUAUGGAGGUGGAUAAAAAUGUCCAGAAUGAGGAUUCUGCAAAAUACAACUUGAAGGUUAUUAAGCAAUUUUCUCCAUUUGACAAGUACCUUAUAGGCGAGAAGGUGGGCUUAUUUGGAGAUAAUGUCACCGGAACACAAAUAUAUAUAUGGAAUUUAGAUGAAUGGGGAUCAACUUAUAGUUUGCAAUGGGAAACUGGCUUAACUGGUGGGAGUUCCUUCCAUCAGGGAGGCAUAUUCAUACGUUCAAGAAGGAUAAGAUCUCGUCCAGGACAAAUGACUAAGACGGUGCCUCUGGACUUUUCUCUCAAAUCGUAUUUGGAGGUUAUCUUCUUGGAUCCACGGAUGAAAAUUUAUGUUCAAGGAGCACUGGUUAAAAGUCGACCACUUGCUAAAUCCCUGAAUCAGACUGUCGUGCAGACUGGUAUUGUCUUGGGAAAACUACUUAAACUUACUAUUGGACGUUCUCAGUUGGAGUGGGAGCAAGCAAAUUGUGGCAUAUUCCUUUAUUGGCAUGGACGUUUGGUUGAAGCAUAUAAGAGAGUCGGGUCCAUGAUACACAAUGGAGACUGUGGACGUGGCAUUAUUGGUGUCACCGAUGUUACUGCUUUGAUGGAUGAUAGCAAUGGUCAUGUGUGGGUGCACAGUAACAAGCAAGGCUUUCAGGACUGCGAAGCCUAUGCUGAGCUGGAGAAGUGGCUUGGUGAAAAAGUAGAUGAGUAUCUGGACAAAUACGUUGACAAGAUUGAAGUGAGGAAGACUAAUUCUCUAUGCAAACCUGAUCAUGACUGGGUACAGUGUGAUAAAUGCAGAAAGUGGCGUGUGUUGGGUGGCGAUUUUGACAUCAAGAAGCUACCUUUGGAGUGGUUCUGUUAUAUGAAGCCGUUCAAUGGAAGGUGUGACAUGCCAGAGGAGGACGUGAGUGGAUUGAUCACAAUAUCGACUAAGCGUCAUGGUCACAACACUAAUGACUCGAAUGAUUCCAGAGAAAGACCUCCUGAAAAUGCAACUAGUGGGACACAAGGUGAUGUUGAUGACACAAGUACUGAAUCCUCAGACGAAGACGAUAUUCAUUUGACCUUCAAGCGCCAACGGACCCUUCUCCCAAGGAGCUGCACGGUUGUGCUGAGUCACCCUGUUUGGAGACUUUCUACCUUCAGGUUUUGGCAUGAUUGUGCUGAGUCACGCUGUUAUGGAGACUUUCUACCUCCAGACAGUGGAUGA